CUAGUACUCCCCUCGAGUCUCCGGUAUAAAAGUAGGACCCGAGGGACCAAUGUGUCCCACUUCUCUCUCACCACCACGGCCCAAUGCGUUUCGAGUUUCUUGCCCUCCUCGGUGCAGUGGCUAGCUCAUCAGCUGCUGUCAUCGCUCCGCGUAACACCACCUCCUCUUCGUCUGACCUUCCACAGGUCUCUCUCAACUACUCCACCAUCCGGGCGUACGAGACCGGCAGCACAUCGGCCGGCAAUUACUAUGUCUUCAAGAACAUCCGAUACGCCGCUCCUCCUGUUGGCGACCUUCGAUGGGCUGCCCCUCAAGACCCUGUCCAGGAGGACUCUGUCAACAACGGUACCUGGUCCAACACAACUGGUACUUCUGGAUGUGCCGAAGGCGAAGACUGCCUCUUCCUCGACGUUUACGUCCCUGAGAGUGCUUUGAACAGUGACCAGAAGCUUCCUGUACUCUUCUGGAACUACGGCGGUGGCUGGACUGGCGGUAGCAAGGAGGAGAACACUCCUGAGGGUCUUCUCGAAGUCAGCAACAACAGUCUCAUCUUUGUCUCUUACAACUACCGACUUGGCAUCUUUGGCGUUCUUAACGGUCCUACCCUUCAGCGAGCCGGUGGUGUCUCGAACGUAGCCAUUUACGAUGCUCGUAAGGCCCUCGAAUGGGUGGACACUUACAUCGGUAACUUUGGUGGUGACUCUGACGAGGUCACCAACUGGGGAUUCUCUGCUGGUGGUUCUCAAGUCGUUGCCGCUCUUACUGCUUUCGGGGGCAACAAGUGGACUCCUACUUUCAAGCGUGCUGUCGUCAACUCCCCUGGAUGGGUUCCCGGAGCUGGCCACGCCCGAGCCGAGCAGUACCUCCAGAACGUCACUGAGCUUGUCGGCGGCUGCCCUACAAACACCUCUGACACCAUCUCUUGUCUGAGGAAUGUCUCAUUCGACACUCUUUUGGAGGCUAGUGAGAACAUCACGUCCACGUACAACUACCAGAUGCAGCCCCGAGCCGACGGUGUCGUCCUCCCCGACACUUCCGAGUAUCUCCUCUCCAUCGGCCAGUUCCACAAGGACGUCCAAGUUUUACUGGGACACUCUGCUCACGAAUCCAAUAGUCAAGCCACUUCUGAUGUCGACGACGACGCCUCUUACAGGGCCAUGUUCAAGACCAUCUUCCCCUCCAUCACCGACUGGGCCAUCGACCAGAUCGAGGAUCUCUACCCUGCUUCCGACUAUUCUUCGCAAGGAUUGAGAUUCUCUGCUGCCAAACAGCACUACGACAUUCCCGGCAAGCUCUUGCCUUUGACCAACGCUUACGGUAACCAAACCUACAACUACGUCAACUACCUUGGUACUGCUACCCAUGGUUCCGAUCAGACGUACUGGUGGUACAGCAACUCUUCUAGCACCUCCGACGACUCGAGCUCCUCCAGCACUUCCUCUAUCGCUCGUCGAGACAACUCUACGUCCACCGCUUCCGGCUCUUACAACUCUACCACCUCUAGCUCUUCCUCCAACUCUACCGAUUCUAGUUCGCCUUCUGCUGGGGGCGGCAGUGCUGGUGGUGGAGGUAUGGACUCCAGUCUCACUACCGACGAAACCCUUGUUGCGCUGCAGAUGCAGCGAUACCUCGUCUCUUUCGUCCUCACUGGCGACCCCAACACCUACGCAAGCGGCUCCACCGGCAACCUAUCUACCAUCGACUCCUGGCCUCUCUACGGCUCCGAGGAUCAGGUGGUCGAAUUCCAGCCUUCCGGUGCCGGUUUCAACAUCACCGGUGACGAGCUUGACUCUGCUCAGGUCGUCUUCUGGAACAAGGCUUUGUGGUACUAGCCUCCUGAGAGUGCCAUCCACAUUGAAACAUGGGAUGAACGUCAGGAGCGUUGUAUUCAUGGAUUAUAAUUUUGGCGCCGACUCUUCCUCCUUGGUACACGCGCAACGUGGUCUCGCGGCUCAAGAGUUUGGUCUCCCUUGCAAUAUAUAUAUAUUAGCUUAGUAGGAAUAAUGCAGCGAUAGUGAUAAC